CUCCGCCCUCAGGGGCAAAAUGGUCACAACGUCUCUUUUAUAUUUCUUAUAUUAACAUUUAUCAUUCCCCAUCCGCCUCUUUCGUUCUUUCCUCUCCUUCUCUCUCCCCUCUUUACGUCUCUACUCCCGAUCGUUCGAUCAAUCAGCUUCCAGCUGAAGUCUUCCUGGUUUCCUCUCUCUCUGUAUUAGUUGAUCGGUGACUGCGGUCAAACUAGAUAGCUUUGUUUAUGGGCUUCGUUGACUUGGUAUUUUGUUCUCGGGUCGUGAUCGUUGGAGAUUUUGAGAUUCAAUUAUUGGAUUUUAUUUUCCUGCCCUUUCUCGCGGACUAAGCGGACAUGAAAGGUUGCAACCUGAGUAAGAUUCUUGAUGGGUACAUCAUCUGGCUCUAACAUCCACCACCAGAAUUCAUCAAAAAUGCUGCCUCCACGUCAGCAACCACGAUCUGGAGGUCUGCAAACUUCUCUCUCCCUUGUUUCUUCAGACCAUCACCUGUCACCUGAUGGCCAGGAACCUAGAUCAAACUCUGAUAAUAUUCGUGAGUCUCCUACUGAAAGCGCCAGCUCAAGGGAAACAUGGCCAACUGCUGAUGUUGCAACAGCAAAGAAGAUGGAGAAUGGGAAAGCAGAGAAUGAUUGCCAUGAACAGUCAGUCAUUCACCGCGUUUCUAGCGCAGAUAAGAUAUCUCUUAGGGACAUAGCUAGAGAAAGAGUUGAUAUAAUCUCUGAAAAGAUGCAUCGACUACCUGAUGAUUUUCUCGAAGAGCUAAAGAAUGGACUUAGAGUUAUCCUUGAGGGCAAUGGUGGUUCCCAGCACAUAGAAGAGUUUAUGGUUUUGCAGAAAUUUGUUCAGAGUAGAUCUGAUUUGACUGCCAAGUCUUUAAUCAGAGCCCAUAGAGCACAGCUUGAAAUCCUUGUCGCAAUAAACACUGGCAUUCAGGCAUUUUUGCAUCCAAACAUCAGUCUCUCCCAGACUUCCCUUAUUGAGAUCUUUGUGUACAAGAGAUGCAGGAACAUAGCAUGCCAAAAUCAACUACCAGCCGAUGAAUGUAACUGUGAAAUAUGCACAAACAGAAACGGUUUCUGCAAUCUUUGUAUGUGUGUCAUAUGUAACAAGUUUGACUUUGCAGUCAACACCUGCCGUUGGAUUGGUUGUGAUUUGUGUUCUCACUGGACUCAUACUGAUUGUGCUAUACGUGAUGGACAAAUUUGCAUGGGACCUUCUGUUAAGAGUGGAUCAGGGCCAGCUGAAAUGCUUUUCAGGUGCAGAGCUUGCAAUCGGACAUCUGAGCUAUUAGGCUGGGUUAAAGAUGUAUUCCAACAUUGUGCACCAAACUGGGACCGGGAGUCCCUGAUGAAGGAACUCGAUUUUGUUAGUAGGAUUUUCCGGGGAAGUGAAGACCAGAGAGGGAGGAGACUUUUCUGGAAGUGUGAAGACCUUAUUGAAAAGAUUAAAAGUGGACUGACAGAGUCCACAGCUUCCAAAAUGAUAUUAAUGUUCUUUCAAGAGCUUGAUGGUGACUCCCCAAAGAGCCUCGAAAACGGAGAAGGUGGAAGGCUAAUAGCACCCCAGGAGGCAUGCAACCGGAUCGCUGAAGUUGUGCAGGAGGCUUUAAAGAAGAUGGAAAUGGUGGCAGAUGAAAAGAUGAGGAUGUUUAAGAAAGCUCGCAUGGCACUUGAGGCUUGUGACAGGGAGCUUGAGGACAAGGCAAAGGAAGUGGCAGAAUUAAAACUAGAAAGGCAGAAAAAGAAGCUACAGAUAGAUGAGCUGGAGAAAAUUGUGAGACUAAAGCAGGCAGAAGCUGAUAUGUUCCAGCUCAAGGCAAAUGAGGCGAAAAGAGAGGCUGAAAGGCUCCAGAGGAUUGCUCUUGCCAAGUCUGAUAAAUCAGAGGAAGAGUAUGCUAGUAGUUACCUAAAACUUAGGUUGAGUGAGGCCGAGGCUGAAAAGCAGUAUCUAUUUGAGAAGCUUAAGCUACAAGAGAGUUCGCGUGCAUCGCAGAGCAGUGGCGGGGGUGACCCUUCACAGGUACUAAUGUAUUCCAAACUCCAUGAUCUGUUACAAGGAUACAAUGUUCCACCAAAAACUGAUGCUCAGCCAACGGAGCACCACCACCCAUUUAGAACUAAUUCCUGAGACUAUCUUGGUAAUAUGCUCUGUGUAUUUAGGCUAACUAUGUGGUCUAGAAUGUUAGUAGGUUCGCAGUUGAACAAGAUGAAUACCUGAUUCCAUUUUAUGUAUGAAUUAUCUUGAAUAGGAUGUUUAUAGAAGUUUCUUUCUUUCUUUUUUUCUUUCACUGUUUAUUUGCAGUGAUUUAGGCUCUAAAGUGGUUGCCUUAUGUAAUUUCUCAACUUAUAUGGUACUCAUGGCAUUUGUUUAGAUGCAGUUGCCAUAUGUUUGUUAUCUAUUUUCUGGCUUUGUAUGCAGCAUGAAUAUGUAGUAAAUGGUCUCCCA